AUGACAAUGAACGACCACAAUAGCCAAGAGGACCGCAGCGACGACGACGACAUGGCGCUGCGUCGUCAAAAACUCAUUGACUUUGCAAUUACGCAGCUAAAGGCCGCCCGGUACUGCAUCCCCGAGCUCGAGGCGCUCCUCGUCGCCCUCGCCCCGAAAGUCAAGUCGGUAUUCGCCACGGGCCUCGUCACCUUUGUGCGCGAUCUCAUCCAUGACGUGCGCACCAUCGAGGCCGUCCUCCAGGAACCGGCACUACGGCAAGCGCUGCCGCCACCGCAGCAGCACCACGAGGAGGAGGAGCCUGGCUGCAACUCGCCGCACGCCAGCAGCAGGGCCGAUCUCGACGCGCUGUGGAAGCGUCUCGAGCCACGGACGACGGGCGCGUACCAAGCCAUUACGCGGUGGAAAGUACUCCGACGCUGCGCGGACCUCGUCGCCGUGAAGCGCACGUUUCAGGGCUCGGUGCGCGAGGCGCGGCGUGCGGCCGUUCUCGCACGCAGCGGCCCGCUGGCGGACGCGGCGGACAAGGCGCAGCUGCACCGCACGAUGCGGGAGCAGGCCAAGGCGGAGGUGGCAGUCGUGGAACGUGGCGCGUGCUGGGUCGACGUCCGCUGGAUCAACGCGGAGCGGCUUGCGCGACAGAUGACGGACGCGGGAUGGUCGUGGGGCGAGUACGCGGCCGGCGAUGCCGUCGACGCCGAUGAGUGGAACGACAUUCCGUUUGUGAAGCAGGUCAAGCGCGUGGUUGCCGCCGCGAGGUGCAACCGUCAUGAGUACCAGAUUCCGAGGAUUCGGCUCGUGCUGCCCAACCUGGCGCGCGGCGCGCAGCUCGACAUCGACGUGCUGCUGGAGCAGUUGUCGCGGCUCGACCCCGGCGUGGACCUCGCCAUCGAGGAUUUGACGAGCGAUUUCCUGACGCGGCCCGCGGGGAGCCUCGACGACGCGGUACGGAGGCUUGUUGGUAGUGGAAGUCUGCAGGUGCCGCUCACCGACACGCUCAACCUUGAGCAUACCGUGCUCGUCGAUCUCAUCUCAGAUCUCACGCAUAUCCGGCUUGUGCCGUACGCCUGGCAGUCGCGCACUACGCGCGCGCAGAUUGAAGAGGAAAACACACAUCCUGACGGCGUCAUGGCGCCGUUCCUAUAUCCGCUCCUGCGAGGGCGUCGCCUCGUCUGCACGCACGAGGCCGCGAAGCACUUUCAUGAGAUGCUCACUACGGUUGGAACGCAGACGGAGCGGGAGCGUGGCCACCUGCUCGUGCCGUCGCCAAACUACACGGCUGCUGCGCAGAGCGCGUCCUCGUCAGCCACCACCACUACCGCCCGCGCGCGCUUCAACGCUCUCUCGGAGCGGCCCCUACCGGCCGACGUGCAGUUUCCCGUCGAGGUGCUACCGGCCAACGAGCCAUGGAACCAGGACCGCGUGCGACGGUUCGUCGAAGACGGGACGCUGCCUCCCGUGGCGCUGGAUAUUGCGCGCCGCGGGCGUCUGAAGAGCUCCAAGCUGAGCACGUACAUGCACGGAUGGCGCGAGGGCGUGGUGACGCUGACGUCGAACAAGGAGAUUCGCGCGCAUUUGCGCACAUGGGUUGAGGCGGGCCGCACCAACGACGCCGAGUGCGGGCCGAUGGUGUAUUGUGUUGAGGUGACGCGCAAUUUACUGGCUAAGAACGCGGUGCCGCCACCGGGGUGGAUGUAUUGGAGCGAGGGAAGUGAAGAUUCAAGAGGUGGACAAGGGGAAUGA